UUAGUAUGGGGCAGAACCAAGUGUCUUUAAUAGAGAGGUGCAUCCUUUAUUCAGAAGUCCAUAUUCAAGACCAGGCAGCUCGCAGAAGGAGAAGUCUUGACGUCUCCAUUCAGCGUUGAACGACGGUGCACUAACUGAUCCGAAUAUCAGCUCUCUCAGAUCCUAUUCAACAGAGCAGGUAGAGGUGAAAAAAGAAGAUGGAGGAUACGGAGCGUGUGAUUCCGACAGAUGAUGAGCUUAGGAAGCGACUUUUCAGCACUCCUAGCCCCAAUAAGACGGCUCGAGAGAGCGAAGAAGAUGACAGAGCGGCUGGGAACCGGCCAAGCAACGGGAGAGGCGCAAGGCCCAGGCGAAAGCCUCGGAAGGCGGGGUUCAGACUGAGCCUACUGGCCGUUAUGCUGUUUCUGCUGCUGUGUGCCUUCGCUCUCGUAGCGGCGCUAAACCCCGACGACGAUAGCUGGAGGAAGAUCACGUGGGAUAGAGCCAAGGAAGGCAAGAACACGAAUCUAGCCAAUGAUCUUCCUUUAUAA